AUGCUCACAAUCGCACAUCUGGUUCAAGCAAUCGUGUACCGCAACGGCUUCUGCUGGGUUAUCAUCAUGGCCGCUCUUUGGGAAACUGGCGCAUAUGCGUUUCGAGCUCUUGGUUCCAAUGAUCAACAAUCCUCCGGCAUCGCAAUGGUCGCUCAGAUUUUGGUGUUGGUAGCGCCUAUCUGGGUGAACGCCUUCGCCUACAUGGUCUUCGCCCGCAUCGUUCACUACUACUCACCCACUCGCAAGGUCUGGAUCUUCUCCCCCUCCAUCCUCGCACUCAUCUUCGUCACCCUCGACAUCGUUUCUUUUGUCAUCCAGCUCGUCGGCGGUGGAAUGGCAGGUCCAGGCGCGAGUCCAGAAGCACAAAAGAAGGGCCUGAACAUAUACAUGGGCGGUAUUGGUAUGCAGGAGGGCUUCAUUGUUCUAUUCCUGGGGUUGGUCAUCAAGUUUCACCGCGAUCAGCUCCAGGCGGAGAGGCUGGGACGCUUACCCGCGGACAAGAUUGGUGGCUGGAAAUGGUUGUUGUACGCGCUCUACGCAUGCUUGCUGGCUAUCACUAUUCGCAUUAUCUAUCGUCUCGCCGAGUUCUCCGCUGGUCUUGGCGCAAGCAACCCUCUUCCGAGCAACGAGCCUCUCCUGUACGUUCUGGAGUCAGCUCCAAUGUGGUUGGCCAUCUUCGUGUGGAACGUAGUCCAUCCUGGUCGCUUUAUCCGCGGCCCGGACGCCAAGAUGCCGCGUUCGUGGCUGUCACGUCAUCUUUGCUGCUGCUGUGGCAAACGUCGUUGCGACGACUGCAAUGGUAAGCUUGGCCACGCUGGACCUCAUCAUCAACGCCUAGGAGACGACUCGGAUCUGGAAGACAACCAGGAAAUGCACCCCGUACCGAAGAGUGCCGGAGGUCGUUAUGCCGUCAGCCCGACAAAUCCUUUCCUGGAUGAAACAUCUUGCGACUCUUCCUCGAAUCCCGACUACAGGGAAGGGCACCGUCUUCGCCCUUCGUCGACUGCCGCAAGUUUCCGCGAUGUCAGCCCAGAGCCAACAUCAUAUACUGCAUACCAUCCUCGCGGGUUUCUGGGCUAA